UUGCUUGCAGCCUUUUCCUUGUUCCUGGUUCCUAGUUUUCUCUGUUUGUGGUUCCCACUUACAGAUUCAUGAUGUCCAAGCUCAAAACUAUAGUUUGGCCUCAAGUGAUUUUAUUUGGGGACUCCAUCACACAGAAUUCAUUUCAAGCAAAUGGCUGGGGGGCAGAAAUUGCUAACAAACUAGUAAGAAAGUGUGAUGUUGUGAAUAGAGGAUUUUCGGGCUACAACUCCAGGUGGGCAAAGAUAAUUCUUCCUCACCUCAACAACAUCAACAACAUCAACAACAUCGCUGCUGUCACUGUCUUCUUUGGAGCAAACGACAGUGCACUGGAAGAUAAAACCCCCCAACAGCAUGUCCCCUUGAAGGAGUACUCAGAGAACCUGAAGGAGAUCUCUGAGUUCCUGGCUUCAGCAGGAGUGUCAGCAGACAAAGUAAUCUUCAUCACCCCUCCACCUCUUCAUGAAUCAGCCUGGGAGAAGGAGUGCGCUUUGAAAGGAUAUCCUCUCAAUCGGCACAACUCUGUAACAGGGCAGUAUGCUCAGGCGUGUGUCCAGGCUGCCGGUCAGUGUGGUGCAGAUGUCCUGGACCUCUGGACACUCAUGCAGAAAGAUGGACAGGACUACUCUGUCUACCUGUCUGACGGGCUCCAUCUCUCAGAGAAGGGCAAUCAGUUUGUGACUCAGCACCUGUGGGAGCUGCUGGAGUCUCGUGUUUCUGACCUGCCUUUCAUUCUGCCAUACUGGGGAGACGUCGAUGCCAAGAACCCCGAGAGCAGCCUCCUCUGUGACCUGUGAUGAAGUGGAAGCUCUGGAGAACAUUUUUUGUUUAAGAUAUUACAGGGCUGCAUCUUCUAUGGUGAACAAAAAUACUCUCCAGCACUCAUGCUGCACUUAAAGCCUGAUGAUGGACUUCAUUCCUUAUGAAGAAAAUUAAUUACUUGUAUGCCAGUAUGCAAAAUAUGAGAACGUUGAUUCAUGUUUAAAGCACAAUAAAGAUUUUUUUUUAUUUGAAGAUA